UUGAAGAUCAUUCGCUCCUCUUCUUCACAUCCGGCCCUCUUCACACAGAAUUCUAGAAGCCCAACCAGCAUGACGACGACAUCUGCUCUAGCUCCCGACUCUUCAUCUUCCCCAAGCGAUGGCUUGGUAAAGGGUUGUAAGCUUGUGUUGUUUUUGAUAGUUGCGCCCUUUAUUUUGACGGCCGUUCACUUGGGGUAUACGCUGCAGCGGCAAGGGAUUAUUUUGGUAGAAGCAUUGCCCCAAUCAACACAAGAUAAUAAUGACAAGCUGUUUGAACCAGUGUCAGGAAUUUAUUGGAAGCAUAAUGCGGAGCAACAUCAUGUCAGGGUUCCCUUUCAAUCUACGAAGCUUUUUGGGUUAUUGCCGGCUUGGCCUUCCAUUUCCCAGAUUGCCUCGUCAUUGGCGAACCCUACCAUCGAUGCUACUAGUAGCACAGUCAAACUGCAAUAUGCACACCAACAGGGAGCUACUUGCUUUCUUAUUCAAGAUCCACAAGAUGGAAUCAAGACUCUGUGUCCGGUAAACAACAACAACAAUAAUGAUGCUGCCUUUCAAUUACCGCCAUUAUCUGAGUGGCAGAUUGACCAGCAAACAUCCUCUUCCAUCACACUCCGCAUUCGAUCCUUUGACAACUGGUUCUCCUCUUAUUAUUUCCAAAUGGAAGAAAAACCAUUUCAGCAACUCGCGCAACGUCCUGCCACAUGUCUAUUAUUGGCACUCAAUGUUGGAUUGGCAUACGCAUAUUGGAAUUUCCGGGUUUCGCCCAAUGCUGUGGCCUUGAUGGAUGGACCGAUGCGCAGUCCUCAAUAUCAGUACUGGAGAGCCUAUACUGGAAGUUUGGCCCAUUUUGAAUGGUGGCAUUUACUCUUCAACAUGAUGUCCUUGCACGGUCUGGGACAAUUCUUGGAGCUGGAACACUAUGGAUCCAUUCCCUUUUUGUUCUACAAUAUGGCACUGAUACCUCUCACGGUACUCAUCUUUUUGGCUGGCACUCAGCUGAUAUACUGGAUUCGAGUACGAUAUUUUCAACAACAGCAAUCCAAUAAUACCCCUGUGACACGACAAUCCAUCAACGCCGUGGGAUAUUCGGGUGUCUUGUUUGCCUGGUCGGUUGUGGCAUCUCUGGAACAAACCAAAUCUUGUCCGAUUCCAUUCUUCACAGAAACCUGCUUUGAAACAUGGCAUUUGACACAAAACCUCAAAUUCAAUAUCGGUCCAUGGAUUCAGUUGGCCGUGGCACAAGUCAUCUUGCCCCGUGUAUCACUCGGAGGACAUUUGGCGGGUGUCGUGGCCGGUUUCUUGUUGCACUGGCAAUUGUUCCCAUUGGAAUUAAUGUCUCCUGCCGUCAUGAUUCCAUUCAUGACCCUGAUGCUAUGGUAUUUUCAUCGACAGUGUAUACCUGUACAACAACAACAGAAACAGCAACAACAACAGUGGUUGUUGGGUGGCAACAAUAUCCAGGAGGCGGGACCACGGAAUUUUUUGGAUGUGGCAGGCAUUGACGAUGACGACGACAAGGGCCGCAAUCGUGAGGAAGACGCUGGUGGCACCCAUAGCACGAGCAAUGACGGUGCUGGCAUAUUCGCUAGCCUGAUAGGCCCCUUUGGAGAUCACGACAAUGGCAUCAACAGAACAAGUACCGGCGGCAGCAUUGGAAUUGUACAUGUGUUGUGGAUAGUAUUGUGUGCCUUGGGGCUGUUGUCUUGUGCCAGCGUCUUGUGGCUCAGUUGGAAGGGUAGCCUAUUCCUCUCCCAGGGAAUUCUCCUUGCUCUAUUCUUCUUUUGCUACCAAGCCUACACGGAUUGUUGGGGUCAUGAUGACGAAACAAAAGAUUCAUGGGCUUCCGAUGCUUCCCAAAAGAAACAGCGCAUGCUCAUCUUGUGGAAGGGUUUUAUCACGUGCUGUGUGGUGGUACUCGUCACGGAGUCCAUGACGCUGGCCAGUUGGAUGAUGAUGGGCGCGGCCAUGGUUUCACCGUCGUCUCAGUGUCUUGCCCUGCUCCUUCUCGGUUCAUUGCUGAUCGCGCAUCUGCUGGCUCUUUGCGUCGCUUGCAGACACUGGGAAGAGAUUGGCGGUGCCACGGAAGAAAAAGGACCAUUUGAAUAUCUCUUUGGAUUCUGUGUCUUGGACAAUGCCAAGGUGGUGGGACGCAACAGUGUGAGGUUUGUUCAACGUGCGUUUCUGCUACGACGAGGCACUUCUUCCAAGCCAUCACCGACGAACAGCACUAGCUCCGCCACAACCACCUCUGACAGCAGCACAUCCAGCGCGCAACAGAUACCCGUCAGCAGUGAAAAGAACAGCAGCCACAACAGAGAACGAAAGAAAACCUUGGCAGCCGCAGCUGCAGAACGAAGAGCUCGAGGGCAGGUUUCCGACGUCGUGUAACAUGUAUUUGAGGGAAUAGACUUCUUGCCGGGCGCCACCUGAUAGCUAGCUUGACUUUCCUUUUUUCGGAGGAUAAGAAAGCAGUGGCCAUAUCCAGUGCUUUCGUUGGGCUACACCGGGCUAAAAGGAUAGGAAUUGUGAUGAGCCACCAGAAUUCGGCGCACGAAUCUACAUGUAAAUCAAAUCUUGCAAUAGCUUUUGCCCAAUCGCUUUCAUACUAGGACAGCACGAACAAACAUCUCCGUGUCCAUCCCGCUAUUUCUAUUGCAUU